AUGUCGUAUAGACCGUAUCAUCAUUCAAUGCGACAAUCAGCCUUCGUGGAUCAUAAAAGAUCUCCAAGAGUAGUGCCUAUUCAUGGAGCAAAUCGUGAGAUUAGACAUCAGAAAGUGGAACAAUGGUUGGCUAAACAUUAUCCUGGUCAUCAAAUCAUACAAACGGCAAAAAUAAAAGAAAACGAUCGAUUAUAUUGUCGUAAAACUUUUCGCACAGUAGAUGGGCGAGUAGAAGUUGUUUUCUUCGAUGCUACGGAGGAUGCUCGACGUGAGAUGCAUACUUAUACAAGAAUGUUUCCAGGAGGAACUAUGAUACAUGUGUGGCCACGACAAGGAUCAAUACCAACACAAAUCGAAUACUUCACACAUCCACGAAACAAUUAA